CCUAAAUAGAAUGAAGAUUCUAAGUCGUUCCUUCUUCAUAUUAGCCCUCUUGUACAAAAAUGCGAUGGAGUGUAAGAACUGCGAACUGAGACAACGUCAGUACUAUUGCACAAACUGUCUCAAAAACCAUCUACGCGAUUUCCGCCUUCAAACUCACCAUUUCUCCUCGGACAGAGAUGAACACGUCGCUCGCGCAUUUCGUGCCUUCAAGUCUAUCGAAUCUGGGCGCCUUCAAAUUCGUGCAGAGAUUGCACAAGCGAACCGCAGCCUUGAUCAAUUGGCAGUUGAUGGCCUUGCCAAAGUGAGGAGAGAUUGCGAGAGCAAGCGCGACCGCCUCCGUACACUCCGAGCGACACUUGCUAAGCGCAGACGCACACUUAACGCUGCACGCCUCCUUCCACCCCAAUCAUACACACUCACUAAAGAGUCUCAGGAACACUCUCUGCUCAGCCAAACUAUUGCGAGAGCACGCUCGGGCCUUGUCCAGGAGCUAGUAGAGGUCUUUCACGUUGUCGAAGUCGGCGGACGACCUGCAGUGGGAGGGCGAUCAGGCGCAAAGGGAGAGUGGACUAUUGGUGGAUUGGUUCUUCCAGUACCGGGAGAUGUUAGACGAUACCCACCGGAUCACAUCAACGCCGUGAUCACUCAUACCAUUCACUUUCUGGGACUUCUUACCUUUUAUUUGGGUAUCAAACUCCCUUUUGAAGUUUCGUGGUCUUGUAGAAGAUUCGGGGUUGGCAUGCCUUGGAUCGGAGCGGGACGAGGGAGUGAAUCAUGGGCAAAAUGGACAUCCAAACAUCCUCUGCACCUUACCUCCAAACCAUCCUCUACACCAUCCUCUCCCUCCUCAUCGCCAUCUAGUACACCCGCCUCAUUAGCUGAUUCAGAAGUCCCAGAACAGACACCAGCACACGGCCAAAACCAAUCGUUCACGACCGGCCUUGCGAUGCUUCUCUACAACGUGUGCUAUCUCGCUCACACCCAAGGCGUUGAGAUUCCUUUGUCCCAGGCAGGCGAUGCCUUGAGUAAUUUGUGGGCUGUAUGUUGCAGUGGAGAGCUUGGGCGUCGAUCGCACUCUACCACCCCGAUCCUUUUGCCUCCGAUCCCUCCCUCGUUCACGCUCGACUUUGCUCAGGUCCUUCAAGCUACUGCCGCCAGUCCAGCUCGAGCAGCACGAAUACGGCCUGGACGUUCAGCGCAAGAAGCCGGAAUCGGGAGAAUGAGAAGCGAACGUAUCGUGGAGGAGGAUGGUUGGGAUGUAGUAGACCUUGGUGGAGAAGAGGGAUUUGGGUAAAUGGACGAUCUACGGCAACUCCUCAGUCUUCGCCCUUCCAUUUCUCAACGAAAUCGUGUACUUAUCUCUUUAUUGUUGGGCAGCGGCAAGCCUAUCCCGGAUUGUGUUUGCUGGGUCCUCUCUGUCCUCGAGUAUCUGUGUGUUCAAUGUAGGUGCACGGGAGGAGUGCCAAGGUUUCAGGGUCUCCCAAGAGCGCAC